UUUAAAUGAUAAUAUUUGUUAACAGUGAAUUUUCGUAGUGUAUAAGUGAUGUUAAAAUUAAUAAACCUCCGUGGGGCCUGCGUGGUCCGCUGCAAAGAGGGCUACGCUUACGCCACAUGGUCUAAAACAAAAGCCAUGAAAGAAAAGAAAAAGAAAACUGAAGAUUCCAAUGCGGUUUCUGAAAUGAACCCAUGGCCAGAGUAUAUACAGAAGCGUAUAACAUUAUGGGACAAAUAUAAGGCGCAAUAUACUGAACAGAUUGCGUCUAAGCCAGAUAUAAGUGUUGUGGUCACAUUACCUGAUGGGAAGACUGUAGAAGCUAAGGCUUGGAAAACCACACCUUAUGAUGUUGCCAAAGGAAUCAGUCAAGGUUUGGCUGACGCAACAAUAAUAGCCAGAGUUAACAAUGAACUGUGGGAUCUAGAUCGGCCUCUAGAAGGAGACUGUAAGUUGGAGCUGCUAAGAUGGGACAAUACCGACGCACAGGCGGUCUUCUGGCACUCUUCUGCUCAUAUGCUGGGAGAAGCUAUGGAAAGAGUGUAUGGAGGAUGUCUAUGCUAUGGGCCGCCCAUAGAAGAAGGAUUCUACUAUGACAUGUAUUAUCCAGAGAAAGGGAUAUCCUCAACAGAUUUCAACGUACUAGAAGGGCUAAUAAAAAAAAUUGCAAAAGAAAAACAGCCCUUUGAACGUUUAGAACUGACAAAGGAACAGUUAUUGGAAAUGUUCGAUUACAAUCCAUUCAAAGUUCGGAUAUUGAAUGAGAAAGUUCAGACGCCGACGACCACUGUGUACAGGUGUGGUCCACUCAUAGACUUGUGCAGGGGACCUCACGUUAGACACACGGGAAAAGUUAAAGCAUUAAAAGUUACGAAGAAUUCGGCAACGUACUGGGAGGGCAAAGCGGAAGCGGAGAGCUUACAGCGCGUGUACGGUAUAUCAUUUCCGGAACCGAAACAGCUGAAAGAAUGGGAGGUCAUUCAAGAGGAGGCCGCCAAGCGUGACCACAGAAAGAUUGGAAGGGAACAAGAGUUAUUCUUCUUCCACGAACUGUCUCCCGGCUCGUGUUUCUUCCAGCCACGUGGAGCUCACAUUUACAACACACUCGUGAAUUUCAUUAAAGAACAAUACAGGUCCAGAGGAUUCCAUGAAGUGGUGACCCCGAAUAUGUACAACGCCAAGCUGUGGCAGACUUCGGGUCACUGGGCUCACUACGCUGAAAACAUGUUCUCGUUCGACGUUGAAAAGGAAACGUUCGCUUUGAAACCGAUGAACUGUCCCGGACAUUGCCUGAUGUUCGACAACCGCACGAGGUCGUGGCGCGAGUUGCCGUUGAGGCUGGCCGACUUCGGCGUGCUGCACCGCAACGAGCUGAGCGGCGCGCUCACCGGCCUCACGCGCGUGCGGCGCUUCCAGCAGGACGACGCGCACAUCUUCUGCGCGCCGCAACAGAUCGAGGCCGAGAUUGUCGGCUGCCUUGAGUUCUUGAAGUGCGUGUACUCCACUUUCGGUUUCACGUUCCAAUUGAAACUCUCGACCAGGCCUGAGAAAUACCUCGGAGAGUUGGAGACCUGGAACCAGGCUGAAAAGGCUCUAGAAGAUUCUCUGAACAAAUUCGGCAAACCGUGGCAGUUGAACCCCGGCGAUGGUGCGUUCUACGGGCCCAAGAUCGACAUCACGAUACAGGACGCGUUGAGGCGCUCCCACCAAUGCGCCACCAUACAGCUGGACUUCCAGCUGCCCGAGAGAUUCAACUUGACUUACGUUAGCGAGACCGGGGACAAGAAGCGUCCUGUGAUCAUCCACCGCGCGGUGCUGGGCUCGGUGGAGCGCAUGGUGGCCAUCCUCAGCGAGUCGUACGCCGGCAAGUGGCCGCUGUGGCUCAGCCCGCGCCAGCUGCGCGUCGUGCCCGUCGGGCCCGCCUUCGACGACUACGCCGUGCAGGUGAAUGAUAAACUAUUCGCUGCCGGCUUCAUGUCCGAGGUAGACACGGACGCGGGAGACACCCUCAACAAGAAAGUGAGGAACGCUCAGCUCGCCCAGUUCAACUAUAUAUUAGUUGUGGGAGAGCGUGAGAAGAAUUCCGGGACGGUGAACGUCCGCACCCGGGACAACAAGGUGCACGGCGAGAUGUCCGUGGAGGCGCUCAUCGAACACCUCAACAACUUGGUCAGGGAGAAGAAGCUAUCAGAGGACAGUGAACUGCUCAAGUGAAUGUGAACGCAUAACUCCAUUAGCAUCCCGAUGUACACUAGACGCUGUAAGGUUUAAAAAAAAAAACGUGUAGCACUC